AUGCUUCGUAGACUUACAAUCGACAACACUAGUCAAUUUUCUUUUUCAAAAACUCCAAAACUUUGUACCUUGUUCUGUUUCUCUAACUCAAGAGAAGGAUGGUCUUUGAUUCCUAAUGAGAUAGGAGAUCUCAGUAGGUUGACUUUCCUUCAGUUGAGAGGGAGAUUUGAAAGGAUGCCUUCAACCAUAAGGAAUCUCAAGAAAUUGGUGACAUUGGAUAUUCAAGAAGCAGAAUUUAAUUGUGGUUUGCCAACAACUAUUUUCAGGAUGAAGCAUAUGAAGUAUUUAAUCUUAGGCAGUCGUAAAAUGUUUGAGUCUAACAAAUGCACAAAUUUGAAUGUCAGAAAUGAGGUGUAUUUACCGAACGUAGAAAUUUUAUUGGGGAUGCCUGGUACCAUUUUGAAAGCUAGCUCAUUACAAAAUCUCUCCAACUUGAGAGGGCUGUUUUUAUGCGAGAUUGAUGACCAAUGUACAAAUGUCAUAUCUGGUAAAACACCCAUAUCGGAGAAGCUCCAAGAAUUAGCUUUGUGGUUCACUCAGAAGUUUGAGAGGUUAAACUUGUCCCGCUAUGACCGUCUUGCUAGUUUGACUAUGCAAGCUGGAUUUUAUUUUCCAUUCAAUCUUGACACCAUUGAAUUCCCUCCAAACCUUAUCCACCUUAACCUUUGGGGCAUGAAAUUCACUGAGGAUCCAAUGAAGGUACUAAAGGAACUACGCAAAUUAGAGUUCCUUCAUUUGUUAGGUUGUGAAUACAGCCAAUCAAUCACGAUGGAUUUCUCAGGAGAAAACAGCUUUCCAGAGCUUCGAGUGUUGAAAAUUGAUGGAUCAUUUCCGGAGUUGAUUGUGGAUCAAACAGGGAUGCCAAAGCUUAACAAGUUUGAGUGCGACCGAAAAGACUUAAAUGUUCCCGAGAGACUACGUGAAAUAAUGGUUGACCCUUUUCGUUAG